GAUGCUUAAUUUUCUUACCAAUUAACGUCACAAGGUCUUGUCCGAAACUAUGAAUAAAAAAUAGCAGAAAUUUGAAGAAAGGAAAAAAGAACAAUGGCUAGUAGCGUCUGCAGCCACCACAGCAGCAAUUGGUUGUGAAUUUCUUUAUACAAAUGGAGAAUGGAAAUUGCACAAAGCAACAAUUCGACCCCAACGGACACAAGAAAUGUGCGAUGUUGACACCAUGAGACUUGGCCAGAAAUGUAACACUAAACUAAACGUAUCUUCAACAAAAAUACGAUGCCUGGGUGGGGCCAAUGUACCCUGUAAAACCUUAUACUUAACCCAAUAAAUCUUGUGCAAGAAAAGGAAAAACUUUAUGCAUUUCUAUUCUUUAACAGUGUUAGUUCUAUUACUCAUAAAGUCUUCUCUAUUUUUUUCUUGUUUCCCAUCGUACUAGUAAACCUAAACUUAACACAUUAUGCAUUGUCACGAUUCACCAAGUAUAUUAUUGGUAGGUUAAGGGUCGCUUUAUCGAUAAUCUAUCCUUCACCACAACAAAGCCGACCCAUAUGCUCUGUUUCUUCCUCACUCCUUAUCAUUCACAACCUCUGAUCUUCUCUCAAACAUUCCCAUUCUGAUUAACAAUGAUCGAUACGCCGUGUCACAAAACUCCUAGCAGUAGCACCAGCAACUCCUCCACUUCAAAACCCCAUAAAACAGAGACUCCAAAACAGAGCAAGACCAAAAAACAGAGCAAGCUCAAGAGAAACAGAGACCCCACCAAGCAUCCCGUCUACCACGGUGUUCGAAUGCGCAAUUGGGGCAAAUGGGUAUCCGAAAUUCGCGAGCCACGCAAGAAAUCACGCAUAUGGCUCGGAACUUUUGCCACGCCUGAAAUGGCGGCACGCGCGCACGAUGUUGCAGCUCUGAGCAUCAAGGGCCACACGGCCGUUCUCAAUUUCCCUAACCUAAUAAAUAUGCUUCCCAGACCCGUGACGUGUGCCCCACGUGACAUCCAAGUGGCCGCGGCGGAAGCCGCCGCGAUGGUGGAGUUCGACCGCGAGUGUUCUGAUGAGGCGGAGUCCUCGGAGCUAAGCGAGAUUGUGGAACUGCCGAACAUAGAAGAGAGCUUGGAAUCGGUGGAGUCGAGAAGUGAGUUCGCGUUUACUGACUCAGUGGAUAGUUGGUUGUACCCUCCAAUGGCAGUGGGAAGCAUUUGUGAGAUGAUGGUUGGUGAAGAUGAGUGUGGAUUCUUCCACUUUCAGACUGAUCAUCAAAAAACAUGUUCCCUUUAGUUUCAACUCUUUCCAUCUUUCUCCUAUUAUCAAACAUCUUCCACUUUUCUGUUAUCUCCUUCAAAUCCCUGUUUGCAUUUUUUUCUUACUUCACUUUCUUUCACUUU